AUGCUUUUGCCUUGACGACCAUUACUUUCCCAUGUUUGCCUCCCGAUUUGAACGACCAAAAGCAGAUAUGCCCAAAACCUGCGCUGUUUUUGGCUGUAGUUCUCACUCACGGAGCAACAAGAACAUUUCUUUUUACAGGAUUCCGACUGAAAAGGGCCAGAAAAGGACUUUAUGGCUCAAAGCAUUGAUGCGGAUUAACAAUAAUGGAACCACAUGGAGCCCACAGUCAAAAUGGUCCUAUGUUUGCAGUCAGCAUUUCGUCAAUGAUGAGGCUGAUCAGGAGGAGAUGGAGGUUCAGGAUGGAACUCCUGACCGGAUGGAGAGAACAAAGAAACAAAGCUCAUCACAAGCCAUUCUGAACGAUGAGGAGGACUUGGAUGAAGAUGAGCGAACAAGGAGGAGAGCUGAAAGGAGAAGAGCGAAAAGGAAACCGUCAUAUCCAUGCUCUCCUUUCAGAGGCAGAAACAGCGGAAGAAAUUAGAGAGAAAGGAGAGGACAUGGGAUGCUUCAGAGCAGGAGGAGGAAGUGGCUGGAGUGGGGUCAGAGAGUGACAGUGAGGAGGAGCUGAGAGGAGAGGAACAAUGGACAGCGGUUCAUUCCAGACACAAAUGCAACCCAGAGUCUGUCUCCACCCUCAUGACUGCAGAGUACAACCGGCAGCUGCCCUACAGGAUGUCAGAAGAGGAGCCAGAGUGGGAUAUCAGCAGUGCAUUUGUGGCCAAUGCUGCCAACAGUAUCAAACUGAAAGGCCUGAAGAACAGAGCAACACAGAUCUCAAGGGAGAACAAGGAGAAUGAGGCGAGGAGCAGCCAGAUGGAGAAUAGAGAAGAAAUGAAGAGGAGAGGCGAAUCCCUGACAGUGCAGGGCAUUCAGAUGUUUGAGCGAGGCCGGUACAGCCAGGCAGUGGACAUGUUUACAGCAGCUAUUUACUAUGACCCCAAUGAUCACAGGUUCUAUGGAAACCGAUCUUACUGUUACUGGUGUCUUGAGCAGUAUUUUUCUGCUUUAACUGAUGCUCAGAGGUCCAUUCAGCUGGCUCCUGAUUGGCCGAAGGGACAUUUCCGCAAGGGUUGUGCUCUGAUGGCGUUAAAGCAUUACAGUGAGGCAGAGAAGACCAUGGAGCAGGUGUUGAAGUUGGAUCAACGCUGUAAGGAAGCGUCCAGUAAACUCUUUACUUGCCGGGUCCUCCAGCUCAAGGAAGCGGGUUUUGAGGAAGAACAGAGUAGACUGUUGCUUGAGAAGUACAUCACUGUUCAGGCAGUCAUUGCCUCACCUGAGGCCAGAACACUGAAGCACACGUCUCAGCAGGACCAGAGUGGAAGCUGUCGCUCUCUGUGGGUUGGAAACAUUACAGUGGAAGUUGCAGAGAAAGACCUCUGGGAUCUCUUUAAAAUGUUUGGUGAGAUUGAAAGCAUCAGAGUUCUUCAUGAACGCUUCUGUGCCUUUAUCAACUUCAAGAAUGCCAACAUGGCUGCCAAAGCCCUGGAGAAGCUGCAGGGGGUGGAGCUGAGGGGCAGCAAGCUGCUGAUGAGGUACCCAGAUCGUUGGAUCCAGCGGACCCUGCCCUCCAUGCAAAGGACCAACACCAGCCUUGGCUUCAGCGCUGCAUCAGGAUGACUUACUAAAGUGUAUCUGUGUGGUGUUGUGAUUUUUCAGAUUGGUUUGUUUUUACCACUUAUCAUACAUGUCAGUUAGGGUAAGGCAUUUACACCAAUCAGCCACAACAUUCUGACCACUGACAGUGAAGUGAAGAACAUUGAUCAUGUUGGUUCUAUGUAGUGGUCUGCUGAGAACGUUUGAAAUAAACAUUGUCCCAGAACAAACACACUCCUUCACAUAAAUCUUAAAUGUCACUGGCCUACCCCUGCAGGAAAACGCACACCACCAUUUUGCAAAAACAUCAAACAAUAAGGAACAUAUUGAGGAACUUGACAAUCCCACAAGAUGUUGAUUUGACCUCCAAACUUCCUAGACCUGAUUCUGAUCAAACAUCAACAGGUGCAGUGGAACAAGUUUUAAUCCCAGAGGUCCCUCUGCACAACCCAGAGUACCCAAAGAAUCCAGUGCCAACAUCCUGGUACCAGACCCCAUAGACUGUAUAAUAAAGAUGGACAUAGCACCUGGAUCCAAAAAUGAGACCUACCCAGAAGUGUCAGAAACUUGCAAUAUCACACUGUCUGCCAGGGUCUGGCUCUAAAAAGCUCUGGCUCCAUAGACCCCAAUUCUACACGGGAAAAACUAAAAUUCAAUAGACUGCUUUUCUACGGCUAAUUUUUUUCAUUAGUUUUCACGGUCAAAACGAGAGAGCAGGUGGCCGAUUUUAAAAUAAAUCAAUAUUGAAUUUUAUAUAGAGCGUUACAGUUUUGUGAAGCCAGGGGGCGGGGCUACUUGAUUGACAGUCUGGUCUGGAAUGAUUGACAGGUCAGGUAGCCUAGACGCUCAUUCACCGUAAACUCUGUUUUUGUUUGGAUAACUGAGCUGUUGGUUUAUUUAACAGUGAAGCAGCAGAACCUUUUCCACAGACAGUUUUUCUGCCUGUUGGCUUGUUUGAACCAGUUUUCUGCCUUCGGCUGAUUCUACCAGCAGACACUGAAAAGACUCUGAUGGUUCAGUAAGUAAGUGUUUAUUUUCUUAUCAGUGCCGGUUUUAAUGCACUUUAUAUGCAGCUUUAGCAUCAGACAUAAUGUGUUCCAUGCACUCCAGAUGUUGGUGGAGUUUCUUUCUGUGUAUAUUGACCAGAGAAGACAGCUCGUAUCCAGUAAAGGUUAACAGUGCUAACCGAGCUAGCUGCUGUGUUGUGUUUCGUGUAAACAGCUGAAGUGAAUUGUGUUACAGUCUGAUGUUAACUUACAGACUUCAGUACUUACCUGCAGAGUUUAUCUCCACUUUUGGAAGCUAAUGUUGUUAGCAGCAGCAUUGGUAAACAGCAGAAUCUGGUAAAUGUGGGCGGGGCAGAGAGUCCUCAGCUCUCAGUCAGUCUGACCAAUCACUGAUCUCUGGUUCCACCCUCUGAGAAUCUUUUUUCUUGUCUCUGGCUCCAAAAAUCCAAGAUGGCAACCACGAAGUAGCAAAAUCCUGGCUUUAUUUUCGUAGUGCAGAAACCAACAGGUAACGUCACGGUAGCUACGUCCAUCUUUAUGAUACAGUCUAUGGUCCAGUGGUUCAGAGCAUUUUUGACCACAAGGGGGACCUACACAAUAUUAGACAGGUGGUCAUAAUGUUCUGCCUGAUCAGUGUAUAUUAGAUGUGUUGACUUGGCUUUGGGGAUUUAUUAUGGUCACUGUUGACUUCCACACCCACCAUCCACGAUCUACAAUCCAUUAUUUAUCUGUGUUUACCGUAUUCACGUGAGAAUGAUGCAGGAUCUUCUCUUCUGCUUCCACACAGGUCCAGGCAGGGGGCACCUAUAAAUGGUGAUGAGUGCUUCUACUGGCGGACCACAGGCUGUUUCCAUGGUGAUAAAUACCACUUCAAACACACAGCAGACCAACACAGUGGAGACAAGAAACCAUGGCAACCAUAACUAUGUCCCUCCCUGACCUUCACAACGCCAUAGACAUAUAUAAGUAGACGCCUCAUUGACUGCGGCUGCCCACUCAAGCGAUGUGCCUGCAGCGCCGCCAUCUUGGAACGGGACCACUUGCUCCUACGAUGCAUUACUUCCAUAGAGGAAUGAUGUGCUUAUACAAUUAAAGUUGUCAUAAAUCGCUCAGUUCUCAAGCAAUUUUGACGGGGUUUGCUUGUAACAAACGCCAGAUAUGCUAGAUAUGCUAGAUAGAUAGAUAGAUAGAUAGAUACUGCUAUUAUUUCUACUGUGAAUAAUUAUCAUUAUUAUUAUUAUUAUUAUUAUUAUUAUUAUCACUACUAUUAAUAUUAUAUCAAUUAUUAUUAUUAUUACUAUUAUAACUGCUAUUAUUACUAUUAUUUUUAUCGUUAUUAUUAUUACUGUUAUUAUUAUUAUUAUUUCACGUGUAUAAAUCACGUUCUUUGGGAAAGCUUAAACAUGUGAGAAAAGUAGCCAGAGAUAAAGAAUUGUCUACAACAAAAAUAAUUCCAUCAUCAAUCAGGGCUAUUAUUAGAUCUAUCAGAUGCUGUAUUCUAACCAACCAAUUACUGCAGUAAGUCUGUUUUAUUUCUUUGUAACAGGCUGUUGCUAGGAACGCUAGAUUCAUAACAUCGAAUUUUAAACAAAAAAAUUGUCUCAGAUAAGUUAUUUCACCGGUAAGCAGCUGUGUAAUACAUAGGAUGAUGUAGAGAGCUGGUUAGAUUAUGGGUAGAAGCCAGACACAGAGCUGAUGGGGUUCUGUCCGUCUUGUCGGCGUUUAUUUCACUCUAGCUAUGACAACCUGCUAACAAUAUAUUAUUCCUUACAUACAUCUUACAUGUGAAAAGUAAUCCCACGAGCUCUUGUCUCCUUACAGCGCUCAUUAGAGCAUCCAUAGGCUGAACAGAAGUCCGGCAUCUUUAAAUAACUAUGCUGGAGUCAGAGGGAGAUAGUGUGUAGCUUAAGUGUUGAGUGGCAAAAACAGCAUUGUAAAAAAAAUCUGAGCACCUUGUAUAGUAGCUACAAGUGUGACGUUUCUAAGAAUCAAACAGUCUGACAAUCGGUUCAAAAUUCAGCGCAUAAUUCCACUUUGAUUCAGCAGUACCUCUUGCCUCCGUAGAUGUCUAUGCACCGCUGCCUCCGGUGGUCCCGUUCCAAGAUGGCGGCGCUGUAAGCACGUCUCUCGACAGCCUAUGAGGCGUCUGCGUAUAUAUGUCUAUGCACAACGCCUGCAUGAGGCACAUUAAAGAGGGAUUCACAGAGGGAAAAGGACACAAGGAAGAGGAAAAACAGCUCUCAGUGUGGAGAACAAGAGGAUGAGUGUGUUUGUGGUUAGGCUACUAUGUGAGAGUCAGAGGUUGUUACUAAUGAUUAAAAACAUCACCCAGAGCCCAGUCUGAACAGGAGAACAAUUCAUGUGAAAGAAGAACUUCUGCAGUGACUGGGUCUUCAGUGGAAUUUAAUUUACUGGAAGCCUUAGGCGUUUCUAGCCCAUUUUUUGGGGUGCUCAAGCCCCCCUAAAUUGAAUCUCAGCACCCCUAAAAUUUGAGAGAUUUUAAAAAAAUUGUAUUGCAUUUCCUUUUUUUAAACAAACCAAAUAAGUGUAUAAAUCAUACAGUACUUGGUUUAUACGUAAUGUUUUAACAACAAAAAUACAGCACCCCCCUAUGUUGCCUCAAAAAUGGUAUGAUCCCGCCCAACUUUCCCAACUCCGGCUCUGAGCCUUUACCUGCAGAGCUUAUCGCUGCCUCCCAGUGAAGGUAAUGCUAUAGUGGUGUAAGUAUCUCGUUUAAACCAGGAUAUGUGGUACAAUUCUUAACUUGUACCACUCAAUACCAACACAUCAUUAUCAUUACAAGUCCUCUUUUUGUUGCAUUUAAUCACAGGUUACUGUUUAUGUUGUUAGGUAGGAGUUAGCUGACAGUUUUUCUAGCUAGCAAACGUUACAGGUGGUCAGUGUCUGUUUGAACUGGACUGAGAGAAGCUAGCUGUUGUGUCAGUGCAUGUGUUAAUAUUAAAGCCAAGGUGCUACUGACUGACUGGAUGCACAUUAACAUUAUAACUCCUAUUUUGUGUGUGUGUGUGUGUGUGUGUGUGUGUGUGUGUGUGUGUGUGUGUGUGUGUGUCUCUCUCUCUCUCUCUCUCUCUCUGUGUGUGUGUGUGUGUGUGUGUGUGUGUGUGUGUGUGUGUGUGUACAGACAGACAGACAGCCUCAUCAUAGACAUAAGAUUGUUUUUUCAAAAAAAAAAAAAGAGAGCCAGGAUCAGGUAAGAGUGUAGGAUCAAAUGGUUUAUCAAGAGUAAUCUUGCAAGUUGGAACAAUCUAUGUUUAUAUCUCUUAUAGAUAUAGAGCACAUUGUUCGGUUAUUUUCCUUAAGGUUGACACCACAAAGAGAGAGAGGACAUUAUUUAUUUGUAUUCUUAUUGGUAUUUUUUCAUAUUUAUGUAAUUUUUCAUCUAAUUGAUUACAAUCUAUUUGUGUAUGAUUGUCAGUCCAAAGAGGGAGAGACGAAAAAGGAGAGGAGCAGGAAGGUCAGGAAGAACCAGUUAAGAACACAAACAGAGAGUAGAGGCACACAAACAGCACCUGUUAAGAUGACAAAGAAGAACAUUCUAUUCACAAUAUAAUUUUACAUAUAUGUCAUGGAAGUCAUGUGUUCUCCCUGCAUUAAAUGCUUUCCAGAAGCACACUUAACAGAUAUCAGUGGACUUCAUUCUAAACAGGACGUCUUCAUUAUAUUUUCCUAAUUAUCUGUAUGCUUUACUAUUUGCUUAAUUUCACUAUACAAGGAGGAGAAGAACAGGGAGAGACUCUGGGAGAUGAGAGUGCAGAUCACGGAAAGAGAUGCUGUGCAUCGCAUUUCAAAUGAAAGUCCAAAAAUAAGUCCAAGGUCCAUUUUUUCGGUGUUUUUGGUACUCAGUAUGAGCAGCUGGUUUACUCCAGAAACAUACUUGCUGUUUAUGUGUAUGUUGAGGAGCUGCUGUAUCUAAAUGAGGCGUCUAUUCCCAGAAAUUAGGAUUACGAUAUGUUUCUUUAAGAUUCCAGUGCAUUCCUCCUUUGCUGUGACUCAGCAUUUAAAUAACCUUCAAAAGAUUGAAUGGUUUAGUCACAGACUUUUUCAAAAGUGUUGUGCUUUUCUUUCACAAAUGUGGGAAUGAAAUUGCAUUAAAAUGUACAAAACAGUGAAAUUUAUCUUGCCUGUCUGUGCACCUCUGGGUGCUCAGCACCCCUAAACCACCGAUCCUAGAAUCGCCCCUGCCAGAAGCAUCCCUGAGGAGUUUAAAAUGACCUGGAGAGUACUCUUCUUGUUGUCUUUUUGUUUUCCAGCCACUAGUAUCUGUUCUACAUAGACUGUCCUGUUCUAAACUGCUGGCUACAUAAUUUCAUAAAAGGAAUCUAAUCUGUAAUAGAUGCAUAGGGAAUUAUUAAAAUGUUUCUACUGUUC